AUGUAUGUGGACCGCGCAAGGCGCUGGCGGGCCAGAGAGGACCCGGAUAAGCUACCGAGGACAAGGUUGGGCCAGAUAGACGCCCAGAUCGACCACGAGCACGCGACGACGUGUCUCGGGCCUGGCCAGAUAAGCUCCGGCGAACAACUCGCUUCCUCGGCAACUCGCCGCCGGCAUCCUGCUGACUCAUUCCGACUUCUCGCAGCGGGUGCUGGCCCUCGCCGAGGCCCAGACCGCUGGUGGCUGUCCGGCGCCGCCCGCCAGCCCGGCGUCGGUCCCAAGUACGAUGCAGCCAAUGGGAUUGCUCGCUACGCUACUGCAUCCCGCCCUGCACAGCCUGUCCAUGGUAAAGUCUGGACACCCCUAGACGAGUCCUGCUGCUGCACGGUAGCUGUCUGCGAAGCGUUCCCCGCGAUCCCCGGACGGCGGAAGUGCGGCAAUGAAAAAAACCACACACAAGUCGCGUCGUCCAAUCAGCCGCCUUUUCGCGUUGGCCAAUGCUCAGGCGCGAAUUGA